GAGACCAAAUCCACACGCCACUGGGUCAGAAAUGGAAGGACAUGGUCCUCCAACAUAAGACGUGUGAGGUCAUGGAUGGCAGCGGAGUACUUCAGGUAUGCUUUCCUGUCCCCUGUGGAUCCUGUUGUGUGCUGAGCUAGCUCUAGGUCGAGCUUAUGACACUCUGCCUCCAGGAGAGUCCACAACUUCAUGAAGAUCCCCAAAGAGAUGUGGAGAUCAGGCAAACUUGCCUGUGAAAUUGAGU